AUGCAUUCCCAAGUGGCCACUGCCGUCAGUGAAGAGGGGGCUUCCUCCUUUGAGAUACCACGACCUACAAUUGCAACAUGGAGACUGGUAGUCAUUCUUCUUUGCAUUGCCAUAGGGCUUUUCUUGUCUCUGAUGGAUACGACCAUUGUUUCGACCAUGCUGUAUACAAUCUCUGACGAGUUCGAUGGGUUCAAAACCUGCUCCUGGGUUGUCCUCGCCUAUACCCUCUCCUAUGUCGGUAAAUAUCUCAAGCCUUCCGCGGUAAGAUAUGGCCCUUGUGCCUUCGUUCCGCUUGUCGCCCUGCUUAUCGUGUGGCCCAACGAUUUCCACUACGCCAGAAAUGUCCGGUUCAGGCACCUGGACUAUCUCGGUGCUCUCCUGGUUCUUCUUGGAUCGGUCCUGUUUGUCUUCAUUCUGAAUGAGGCUGCCAUCCGAGACUAUGCGUGGAAGAGCGUCCCGGUCAUUCUGAUCUUCAUUAUCUCUGGGCUUUCCUGGAUGGCGCUCGUAUAUUGGCAGUGGUUGAUCUCCUCGAAGCCCAAACUGGCGCAUAUUCGACCUCAACUACCGUUUCGGCUCCUAGCCAGUCGAGUCAUGGUUGCGGGAUUCGUGAGCACAAUCUUGACAGGAUUUGUGAUGCUCAUGGUCAUUGUUAAUAUCCCUCUGCGGGCUCAGAUUGUGAAUUUGAAAGAUGCAGUGGCAUCUGGGAUACUGCUGCUGCCGCUGAUGGGAGGCACAGCCGUGGGCUCGGCGAUGGGCGGUGCCGCAUCCGCGAAGCGAAACAAUGCCUUUUGGACGCUGAAUCUGGCCAGCGUUUUUAUGAUAAUUGGAAGCGCAUCGCUCUCGACUCUGACAGAUUCGGUGGACCUAGUACCAAGGCAAUGGGGGCUUGAAGCGAUCCUUGGCUUCGGAAUCGGCUUGAGUCUGUCCACAAUGACAUUUCUGACAACCAUGCAAGUGGAGUUUCAGGAUCAUGCCGUCGCCCAAGGAAUCGUCGCCCAACUUCGCAUUUUCGGUGGCAGCAUCGGCAUCGCGUCGGGAUUCAUCGUCUUCAACACAAACGUUCAACAAGCCCUCGCCGGCGUACUUACCGCGGAACAACUUGACGAGUUCUAUAAGACCCCCGCAGCUAUCUACAAGCUUCCCGUCGCGCAGCAGCUUGCGGUUCGACAGGUCUAUGUGAGCACGUUCAACACCGAGAUGCGGAUCUGUACUGGUGUGGCUGCGGCCUGUCUGGUCGCUACACUUUGCACGUACCAGCGAAAGCCGCAGUCAAUAAAGCAGCGUCUUGCGGACUUGGAAGAAGUUUAUGCAAGGACCGAGGCGGCUAGAACUGGGGGAAGGGAGCUUGAUGCCGCAUAA